CCUCAAUAACAAGAACCUCAAAACCGCGAAGGAGAAAGUCAACACCGUCAAGAUGCGUGAAACUGGUUUCUUUCAUCAUCUUGGAACCUUCCUCCUCCUCGCUGCCUCCAUUCUCCUCCUGAUCACCACUAUCUCCGCCCCUGUCGUUCAUGAUAUUGCGAUCUUGAAGGUGACGCUCACGAACAGGACCAACUUCCGCCACUCGUCCGUUACUUUUGGUACCUUUGGUCACUGUGUUCUUGGUGUCGCUCCCGCCCAGACUGACCAGGACUACUGCUCCCCUAAACACAUUAGCUACAACCCCUCCGCCAUCAUGGCUCAGAUCGAUGGAUCCUCCUUCAGUACCGCCUCCGAAGAUACCACGAAAAGACUCACUCGCGUCAUGAUCCUGCACCCGAUCGCCUGUGGCUUGGCAUUUAUUGCAUUCCUUCUCGCCCUAGGCUCAGGCAUGUUCGGCACAUUCCUCGCAUCCCUAGUCUCUUCCGUGACCUGCGUCCUCGCAAUGAUUGUGAUGGCAACAGACUUUGUCACCUUCGGCCUUGUCAAGAGACACGUAAACCACGAUAACAGCGGCAGCCACGCAUACUACUCGGCCGGCAUGUGGACCCUUGUCGCUGCUGUGAUCAUACUCUUCUUCGCUAGCUUGAUUGUGUUCCUGUCAUGCUUCUCAGCUAGGAUGCAUGGAGGAGGAGGCGCAUCCAAGGGGAAUGGAUAUGUGGGUGCACAGGCAGCUACUACUCCGACUCGUCCACGUCGACGCUUCUGGCCACGAAGAACUCGAUAUUAGAGAUCUCGCUUUUCGGCUAUCGGCGCAUAGAAGAGACCAAGAUCGAGGAUACAAAAAUGGGUUUCUAUUUGCAUUUCCAUUUGCUUUGUGGGUGGGGAUUUUAUGAAGCGUGAAAGUCUUGAAGUUCUUUUCAGCGGGCGAGGGUCGUUCAUGCG